CAAUUAUUCAGAGUAUAAGUAAUAAUGGAAGCUACUUUUGUAAUUGUUGGGGGUGGAAUUGCAGGUGUAAGUUGUGCAGAAACUUUGGCUUAUUAUGAACCAAAUGAAUCAAUUAUUUUAAUAAGUGAAUCAUCAUUAAUUAAAACAGUUACUAAUUUACUUGCAAUAACUCAAUCAAUAACUUCUUUUAACAUUGAAGAAACCACAACUAAUUCUUUAACUAAUAAGUAUCAAAAUGUAAACGUUUUAAAUGGAAGUUUGUUAGAAAUAAAUGAUGUUGAAAAUUUCAUAAUAAUUUCAAAAAAUAUUAAAAUUAAUUAUAAAUAUUUAUGUUUAUGCUACGGAGCAAAACCAAAAUUAAUACCUCAAGCUAAAAAUAACCCAUUUGUUGUUGGUAUAAGAGAUACAGAUUCAGUAGAUGUAUUUGCUGAAAAAUUAGCAAAAUCUAAAAAAGUUGUCAUUGUUGGUAAUGGAGGAAUCGCAUCCGAACUUGUUUAUAAAAUACAAAACACUGAAAUUGAAUGGGUUAUUAAAGAUAAUCACAUAACAGCAACUUUUGUUGAUCCCGGUGCAUCAGAAUUUUUUCAACCAUCUCUUAAGAAAGAUCAAAAACAACCGGAUUUAUUAGAACCCAUACCUAAUAAACGAAUGCGUUAUGAAGAAGAUGCUACAUAUAAAUCAGGGGCUGCUUUAGGUCCUGAUUGGUACAAACAUUUUCAAAUUAAAGGUGCUUGUGAGUUACCAUCCUCGGUAAAAAUUCAUUAUAAAUCAGAAGUUUUUGAUAUCCUAAAUGAUGAUUCAUCAGAAUACCCCAUUAAAGUGAUUUUAACAACAGGAGAUGAAAUUUAUUGUAAUCUUGUUGUAUCAGCAACAGGGGUUGAACCAAAAAUUGAAUUCAAAACGAAUACAAAUUUUAAAUUAUCUCCAUCAAACGAAAUAAUUGUAAAUGAAACCAUGAAAUCUUCAAUUCCAAAUAUUUACGCGGCUGGUGAUUGUUGCUCAGCUGGUUGGGAACAUUCAAAACAUUGGUUUCCAAUGAAGUUAUGGACGCAAGCUAGACAAAUGGGAAAUUAUGCAGCGAAAUGUAUGUCGGGGGAUUUUAAUAAAGAAGAAGUAAUUCUCCAAGAUUUUUGUUUCGAAUUAUUUACUCACACAACCAGAUUGUUUGGUUAUAAAGUUAUUUUAUUGGGGUUAUACAACGGACAAAAAUUAGAUAACAAUUAUGAAAUAUUAUUUAGGAUGACCAAAGAACAUGAAUAUGCAAAGUUUAUUUUACAAGAUGGACGAUUACAAGGAGCUGUUCUUAUUGGUGAUACUGAUUUAGAGGAAACUGUGGAAAAUCUUAUUUUGAGCCAGUUGGAUUUAUCUCCAUACAAAGAAGAUUUAUUAAAUCCUGAUGUGGAUAUUGAAGAUUAUUUUGAUUGAGGAAUUUUCAUUUUUUGUUUGUUUUUUUUAGUAUUUGUUAGUUAUGUUUUGGUUAUAUAGUUUCAGAAUAAAUUGAAUUACACCAAAAAAUA